AUGAUGUUGCCCCCUGGGCUGGAGAACCAUCAUGAAGAGGUGGUGCUGCCCCCUGGGCUGGAGGACCAUCAUGAGGUGGUGAUGCUGUGCCCUGGACUGGAGGAUCAUCAGGAGGAGGUGGUGCUGCCCUCUGGGCUGGAGGACCAUCAUGAGGCGGUGGUGCUGCCCCCUGGGCUGGAGGAUCAUCAGGAGGAGGUGGUGCUGCCCCCUUGGCUGGAGGACCAUCAGGAGGAGGACUAUCAGGAGGAGGUGAUGCUGUGUCCUGGGCUGGUGGAUCACGAGGAGGAGGUGGUGCUGCCCCCUGGGCUGGAGGACCAUCAGGAGGAGUUGGUGCUGACCCCUGGGCUGGAGGACCAUCAGCAGGAGGUGGUGCUGCCCCCUCGGCUGGAGGACCAUCAGGAGGAGGUGAUGCCACCCCCUGGGCUGGAGGACCAUCAGGAGGAGGUGAUGCCACCCCCUGGGCUGGAGGACCAUCAGGAGGAGUUCCACGUGGAAGUCCUCGCUGCUGAGAGAAUGGAGCUUGUGAUCCUGUGGAUUCGAAAGAGUUUUAACUUAGUGCAAGACCGGAGUUCAGACAGCACUGAGCAGCAGAUAGCAGAGAAUCGGAACCAGGUCCUGUUGCUGGAUGUCCGGACUGCGGCUGAAUAUGAGGUCAGCCACUUACAGGGAGCCAUUCGCAUUGACCCAGACACCAAUGAUAUGGAUCAUCUGACCAAGGAGCUGGGCCUGGCAGAUUGUAACGAGGAGAGGGAGGUGAUCUGUUAUUGCACUGUGGGAUAUCGCUCGUCCAAAGUGGCACAAAAGCUGGAGGAGUUUCUGGCGAGUAAUGCUGGGCAGACCCUGCGCAGGUCACUGAGAGUCUACAACCUGGAGGGGGGGCUGGUGAAAUGGGCCAAUGAAGGGAAGCCCAUGGUGGAUUGCAAGGAGCAGCCAACGAGCCUUGUCCAUCCGUACAGUAGCAUGUGGGCCUACCUGGUAAAGCCAGAGUUCCGGGCCAAUAUCUGAGCCAGUUACAGAGUUCCAGCUGUGUGAUUCAUCAGGAAAUUGUACCAGACACUCCAUGGCAUCAAAUAAGAAUGUUAACACGGUGUUAA